AUGGACCGACCCCGUGAAUCCCCAGACCGCACAGCCAACCGCCUCGCGCUCUACCAGCAACAUCUCUCCUCAACCCCACUCUCCAACCAAACCCCAACCAACCCACCACCCACAACAAUGGCCGCCCGCGACCCCAUCACCUGCCACUGUCUAAACACAUUGACCGGCACACCCGCCGCCAAUCUCCCCGUCACAUUGACACUGCUGUCGCCGGCCGCAGCCUCCGCCGGCCCCGUCACUUUCCACGCUACGACUAACGCCGACGGCCGCGUCGCGCAGUGGACGCCCGCGGGCGGUGCGUCCGCUGCCUCGGUGCCGGAUAUCCUGGCUGCGCUGCCGGGCGCAGAGAGCAAGUCCAAUUGGUCCGUGACCUUUGGUGUUGGGCCGUGGUAUGAGGCGCAGGGCAUUGAGAGCUUCUGGCCUGAGGUCGAGGUCAAGUUUACCGUUAAGGGCCGGGGCCGUGAGGGAGAGGAGGGUUGGCGCCAUUACCAUGUGCCUGUUUUGCUUGGCCCUUGGAAUUACUCGACCUACCGGGGCUCUUAG